AUGCCGCCAAAUAUUAUAAUUUUUUUGGUGGACGAUAUGGGAUGGUCUGACGUGGGCUACCGUUCCGAUCAUAUGCUGACACCUAAUAUCGACUCCCUAUCGGCCGAUGGUAUAACACUAAACAGUUAUUAUACUCAACCGUUAUGUACGCCCAGUCGCGGUGCACUGUUAUCGGGUAUACAUCCCAUACACUCAGGUACUCAGUACCAGGUGUUCAAUGACGCCACACCUAUUGGCUACCCAUUAGACCACAAACUGCUGCCCGAGUAUCUCAAACAAUCGGAUUAUGCAACACAUGCUAUCGGUAAAUGGCAUUUGGGUUUCUAUAAACGUGAAUACACGCCCACCUAUCGGGGGUUUGACUCUCAUUUUGGUACGUGGGGUGGUUUCGGUGACUACUAUAAUCAUACCAUGUGUACGGGUGCUAUUUAUCAAUCAUACGAUCACUGUGGCCUAGACUACCGGCACAAUUUGAAACUAUUAACUAAUCAACCGGACGAGUAUUCAACUCUAGUCUAUACUAAUAAAACAAUAGAUAUUAUACGCAAUCACAAUAUCAGUAGACCAUUGUUUCUGUAUGUUGCCUACCAGUCCCUGCAUGCCAGCUAUGCCAACAAUAUCGUACAGGCGCCGCCCGAUAGCUAUAUGAAACGGUUUGCACAUAUAGGGUCACAGAAUCGCCGAACGUAUGCCGCUAUGGCCUACUGUAUGGACGAAUCGAUUGGCAAUAUUGUUGGCAAACUAUACGACCGGUCAAUGUUGGCCAACAGUAUUAUUGUGUUUACCAGUGAUAACGGACCGCUAGCUAUAAACUUUACCAAUGCAUUUUCUAAUUAUGGUUCAACUGUACCAUUGCGUAGUGCAAAAUCGUUAUUGUUUGAGGGAGGUAUUCGUGUGCCGACAUUCAUAUGGAGUCCACUGUUCAACACCAGUGGCUACGUGUCCGAUGAACUCAUACACGUUACCGAUAUUAUACCCACACUAUUGGAGGCAAUUGGCGGCGACAGUAAUUUAAAGGAAUUUACCAAAAAUAACAUAAGUUAUGGUAUGUCACAAUGGAAAACUCUAUCCAAUCGACAUGUAUCACAGCGUACCGAACUAUUGCAUAAUAUUGAUUCAGUGUAUAAUCAUUCAGCAAUUAGAUGGUACAAUUGGAAAUUGGUACAGGGUCCCAGCGAUUCAUGGAGUGUAGACUAUGGACAGCAAUGGUUUCCAACCAUACCAGCAGAGGACAGUCAACAUAUUGACUUUGAUCAGCCAACUCUGGAUAAGCUUAAACGUACCGAUCGGCUAACUAGUCGAACAUACCGUAUAUUGACGUCAAUGAAUCGCCGGCCCGAUUAUCAGGUUCUCAAUCAAGCAAUCGUUACCUGUCCUCAGUCUAGGCCUAUCACAGUCGACAAUAGUCUAUACGAUUGUCAAACGGAUCGGGAGUUGUGUUUGUUUGAUGUCGGACGUGAUCCGUGCGAACAUCGGAACAUUGCCGCCGAUAACCACGAUUUAGUGGACUAUAUGUGGCGACGAAUACAACACCUGAAUAGGACAGCCGUAGAGCCACUGGCGCUUACAGCUGCCGAUUCAGACAGUUAUCCCGAUAGACAUGGAGGAGCGUGGUCACAAUGA